GCUUUUGUACCCAACACUCAAGCAAAUACAUUUGUUGUACAUCUUCCAUACAGCUUCUCCACACUACUCUCUAGUAUUUUAUCUUUCUCAAUUUUUGCAAUAAUGGAAAUGGUCGGAAAGAUUGCAUGCUUUGUGGUUUUGUGCAUGGUGGUGGUUGCACCCCAUGCAGAGGCACUAACCUGUGGCCAGGUUCAGUCUGGCAUGGCACCCUGCCUCCCUUAUUUGCAGGGUCGCGGCCCUCUCGGAGGCUGUUGCGGUGGCAUUAAAGGUCUGUUGGGUGCUGCCAAGACCCCAGCAGACCGCAAGACAGCAUGCACUUGCCUGAAAUCAGCUGCUAAUGCUAUUAAGGGCAUUGAUACAGGCAAAGCCGCUCGUCUUCCUGGCGCUUGUGGCGUUAACAUCCCUUACAAGAUCAGCCCCUCCACUGACUGUUCCAAAGUCCAGUAAGGCUGAUCAUAUUUUGGUGGUAAGCAUAAUCAUGAGGAGAAGAAUAAGAUGGUUAUUAGGGUGUGAUCCUGCUUAUGUGGAUCCAUUUCUAUAUAUGUUGUAUCAGUCGUCGCUUUCUUUUGAUUUUGUGUCUUUUCGGGUCAUAGUUGAGUCUUACCAUGAAACUUCAUGAUUGGUUGUAUUGCAUUAAUAUCCAAUCUUGAUAAUACAUCUAUCUUAUUCCGUA